GCGGCUGUGGCCCGCAGGUGCGGAUGCGCUCUGAGUGCGGCUCUGAGUGCGGCUCGAGGCUUCCCGCGCUACUACCCUAAGUUCCCCGGCGCUCGCUGCUUGCCGCCAUGCCCUCCUACACGGUCACUGUGGCCACGGGCAGCCAGUGGUUCGCCGGCACGGACGACUACAUCUACCUGAGCCUCGUGGGCACGGCGGGCUGCAGCGAGAAGCACCUGUUGGACAAGGCUUUCUACAACGACUUCGAGCGCGGCGCGGUUGAUUCCUAUGAUGUGACUGUGGAUGAAGAACUGGGUGACAUCCAUCUGGUCAAAAUUGAGAAGCGCAAGUACUGGCUCCACGAUGACUGGUACCUGAAGUAUAUCACACUGAAGACACCCCAUGGGGAUUACAUCGAGUUCCCCUGCUACCGCUGGAUCACGGGCGAGGGUGAGAUCAUCCUGAGAGAUGGACGUGCAAAGUUGGCCCGAGAUGACCAAAUUCACAUUCUCAAGCAGCACAGACGUAAAGAAUUGGAAACACGGCAAAAACAGUACCGAUGGAUGGAGUGGAACCCUGGGUUCCCCUUGAGUAUUGAUGCCAAAUGCCACAAGGAUUUGCCUCGCGAUAUCCAGUUUGAUAGUGAGAAAGGAGUGGACUUUGUUCUGAACUACUCCAAAGCGAUGGAAAACCUGUUCAUCAACCGUUUCAUGCACAUGUUCCAGUCUUCCUGGAGUGACUUCGCUGACUUUGAGAAGAUCUUCGUCAAGAUCAGUAACACUAUCUCUGAGCGGGUCAUGAACCACUGGCAAGAAGACCUCAUGUUUGGCUACCAGUUCCUGAAUGGCUGCAACCCUGUGCUCAUCAAGCGCUGCACAAAGCUUCCCCCCAAGCUCCCUGUGACCACGGAGAUGGUGGAGUGCAGUCUGGAGCGGCAGCUCAGCUUGGAGCAGGAGAUCCAGCAAGGGAACAUUUUUGUGGUGGACUAUGAGCUGCUGGAUGGCAUCGAUGCCAACAAAACCGACCCCUGCACACACCAGUUCCUGGCAGCACCCAUCUGCCUGCUGUACAAGAACCUGGCCAACAAGAUUGUACCCAUAGCCAUCCAGCUCAACCAAACCCCAGGAGAGGAGAAUCCCAUUUUUCUCCCUUCGGAUGCAAAAUAUGACUGGCUUUUGGCCAAAAUCUGGGUGCGUUCCAGUGACUUCCACAUCCACCAAACCAUCACUCACCUUCUGCACACACAUCUGAUGUCUGAGGUUUUUGGUAUCGCCAUGUACCGCCAGCUUCCUGCCGUGCACCCCAUUUUCAAGCUGCUGGUGGCACACGUGAGGUUCACCAUUGCCAUUAACACCAAGGCCCGUGAGCAGCUCAUCUGCGAGUAUGGCCUCUUUGACAAGGCCAAUGCCACAGGGGGUGGCGGGCACGUGCAGAUGGUGCAGAGGGCCAUGCAGGAUCUGACCUACACCUCCCUAUGCUUCCCUGAGGCCAUCAAGGCCCGGGGUAUGGAGAGCACAGAGGAUAUCCCCUACUACUUCUACCGCGAUGACGGGCUGCUGGUGUGGGAGGCCAUCCUGAAAUUCACGGCAGAAGUGGUGGGCCUGUACUACGAGAGUGACCAGGUGGUGGAGGAAGACCAGGAGCUGCAGGACUUUGUGAAGGACGUUUACGUGUACGGCAUGCGAGGCAGGAAAGCCUCAGGCUUCCCCAAGUCCAUCAAGAGCAGGGAGAAGCUGUCUGAAUACCUAACCGUGAUCAUCUUCACGGCCUCAGCCCAGCACGCUGCGGUCAACUUCGGCCAGUAUGACUGGUGCUCCUGGAUCCCCAAUGCUCCCCCUACCAUGCGGGCCCCACCCCCCACUACCAAGGGUGUGGUGACCAUCGAGCAGAUUGUGGACACGUUGCCUGACCGCGGCCGCUCCUGCUGGCAUCUGGGUGCAGUGUGGGCACUGAGCCAGUUUCAGGAAAACGAGCUGUUCCUGGGCAUGUACCCAGAGGAGCAUUUCAUCGAGAAGCCCGUGAAGGAGGCCAUGACCCGAUUUCGCAAGAACCUGGAGGCCAUCGUCAGUGUGAUUGCUGAGCGCAACAAGAACAAAAAGCUGCCCUAUUAUUAUUUGUCUCCAGACCGGAUUCCCAACAGCGUGGCCAUCUGAGCCCCGUCUGCACCAUUCUCAUUCUGAGGAGGCCAGCUGCUUUGGCCAGCCAGACUCCAGCCUGGCUCCAGGUGUGGAGCCAGCCUCCUGGCAGCUCACUGUUCUUCCUCCAACACCAACAAGUCCGUUCUCAGCCCCAGGUGAACUGGUUUCAAUCCAAAGUGUACUCUAAGAAGGGUGACUUUAUAGCAAAGCUUCAGUGCAUUUUCCUGUUUAUCCCUCCAUCUUUAGGGCACCCCAUACUUUGAUUAAAGUGUGCAAACACUGCAGGGACCUUCCUACACAGAGAAGGAUCGCAUGGUCUCCUCCCCACACCUAUCUCAGCACUUCUCCCCAAGCAGCAACAGCCAAAUCUGUUUUUGUUGGGGACAUGGAAUUACUUUCUAUUUAUGCUUAAUUUCUUGCGUAUGAGUAGGUGCCCAAGUAAAUUCUCGUGAAUUAAGAAUCGAUUGUCAUAGAAAUAAAUCCAUUUAAAACAGU